AUGACUUGGCCAGCCUUGCCAAAUCGCGCUGCUUAUCUGGCGAUCAAGAAUGGAAAGCGUCGAAAUGCGCUUUCUCUCGCAGUCCUGCGGGAUUUACGUGAUCAACUGCACGCAUACAACAGAUCACCUGUUGACGGCCGGGUGAGAAUACUUCCUCCCUUCAAACCGGGAAUACUGGAGGACUUAGAGACGGCAGCAAAAGCCGAGAAUUCCGAAGCUGCAAAGGAACAUGGAUGGCUCCUGGACAUCGAACGCUGGCAAGAGCAUCGACAGGGACUACCCAAUGUUAUCGUGCUACGAACUGAGGGUUCUGUCUUUUCAUCAGGCCACGACCUGGGCGAGCUACGAAAUCUGAGCCACGACGAAGUAAAGGAGACAUUCGCCCUCUGCGCCGAAGUCAUGUCCUUGAUCAGGCGCUCUCCGGCCCCAGUGAUUGGGGUUAUCCAAGGCCUGGCGACAGCUGCAGGGGCCCAGUUGGCUCUAACAACGGAUCUCCCACUGGCAUGUGCUUCAACUCAAUUUCGCCUGCCUGGAGCAUCGUUAGGGUUGCCAUGCACAUCUCCGUCCACAGCCGUCUCGCGCAGACUGGGACAUACGUUUACGUACCGGAUGCUGGCCCUGGCCGAGCCAGUCCGAGCCGAUCAGCUCCCAGGAGGGGUAGUUGAGGUGUGUCCAGAUGAGGCAGCUCUAGAGAUGCGGGUAGCCCAAAUAGUUAGUCAGUUAUCAGAGAAGACGGCGGCACAGCCACAGGCGCUGGGCAAAUGGGGAUAUUGGACGCAGUUGGGACUGUCUGGGGCUUCCUCUACUUCCGGAGGAGAUGGCUACGAAGAUGCCGUGGCAUGGACUGGCAGGCUCAUGGCGCUUCAUGCAAGAUCUGCGGAUGCCAGGGAAGGUAUCAAUGCCUUCUUUGAAAAGAGAACACCUGUGUGGAAGCUCUAA